UGUAGAUCUUUUCAAAUCUUCAAAACUUGGGAACUUUUUUUUCUAACUUCAAUUAAUUCGUAGUUCAGCGAUGCGAAUUCACCAUCGCAUUUCAAGAUGGUUUCCGAAGACACUAUACGCGACGCGCCAACCGGUGAUUCCAAACAAUCUUCGGCAUCUUACAAUGGUAUAUCCAAACCUACCUCUGAUCUUCCUACGAACUCAGACCCGACGACAAAUUCAGACGUUGCGGGGCCAAGUCGCCGCAACGAUCGAAACAAACACGCGAACGGAAAGUCUAAUGCCAAUGGUCGUCGAAGAGGUCAAGACUUCAAGCGCAACGGUCCGGGGCGAGAAAAAGACAGCAGGGGAUAUAUAAAUAAGCGUGAGCGCAACGAGAAGGAAUGGCAAGAACGAAAGCGCAGAAGGCUCGACGAGAACGGAAAUUCCACAAAACCUAGCGAACCUAGUUACAUGAGCAUUCAGUUUCCCGAGGAAGAGAUUGCCGCCGAGGAGCGCAAGCCGAAGCGCAAGGUAGCUGUUAUGAUCGGGUACGACGGUACGGGAUAUCACGGUUUGCAGAUAAACCACAAGGAAAAGACGAUUGAGGGUGAUAUAUUCGCUGCGCUCGUAGCCGCGAAGGCUAUAUCAAAAGCCAACGCCGACGACCUUAGAAAGUCUAGCUUCGUGCGAUGCGCAAGAACCGACAAGGGUGUCCAUGCUGCGGGGAACAUGAUAUCCCUAAAGCUCAUCAUUGAGGACCCUGACGUAGUGAAGAAGAUCAACGAGAAUCUACCCCCGCAGAUUCGAGUAUGGGGUAUCCAACGGACACUCAACUCCUUCAGUUGCUACCAAGCUUGCGAUUCGAGGUGGUACGAGUACUUGAUGCCAAGUUAUUGCCUGCUGCCUCCCCAUCCCGAAAGCUUCCUAGGAAAGAAGGUUCUAGAGUCUGUCAAAGAACAUGGCAUCGAGGAAGAAUACGUGAAGCGGCUUGGCGAGGUCAAAGAUUAUUGGGAGGAGGUGCGGAAGAACGAUAUCCAACCUAUCUUGGACAGCCUGGAUCCUAAUGUUCGAGAAACCGUCAUGCGACGUAUGUCCGCGGUGCUCAACGAUACCGAAGAUGGAAAGGCUGCAGACGAGACAGCAAAGCCAGAAAUGCCAGACGAGAAACUUCCCGACGUCUCAAUUGAGACUAAGGAAGAAGUCUCUGGGAGCAAAUCUGAAGGCAAGCCGACGGAGGUAUCUGAUUCAGCGCAGCAUGACCCCGCGGAAGAAUUGAACGUCGAAGCGGGCGCCACCACUACUCAAACUGAAAGCGCUGAGGACUCGGAGGUGAAGAAGCCUAAAGAGAUGCACCCAGUUGAUCGCGCCUUAAAGCAGCUCAAGGCCGCCUACGUUACUGCAAAGCGACGGUACCGAGUUACUCCAGAGCGGAUAUCCCAGCUGCAGCAAGCACUAGAUCGAUACAAAGGUACCAAUAAUUUCCACAACUAUACCAUCAAGAAAUCUCAUUCGGAGGCCUCAUCAAAGCGGACUAUUCGAUCCUUCAUCGUAAACCCUCAACCGAUUCAGAUCAACGACACGGAAUGGCUUUCUCUCAAAGUUCAUGGGCAAUCCUUCAUGAUGCACCAGAUUCGCAAGAUGGUCGGCAUGGCAGUUCUCGUUACCCGAUGCGCGACACCCUUAUCUCGCAUCAACGAGAGCUACGAACCUACCCAGAUCAGCAUUCCUAAAGCUCCGGGACUCGGCCUGCUACUAGAAAGACCCGUGUUCGAGACUUAUAACAAGCGCGCCAAGGACCAGAACAACCUCGCGGAACUCGACUUCGGCAACUACGAGAAGGAGAUCCAAGAGUUCAAGGACUCACAGAUUUAUCGCCACAUCUUUGAGUUGGAAGAGAGGGAGAAUUCGUUCCACACCUUCUUCCACCAGAUAGAUAACUACAAGUUAGGCUACUUCCUCUGGGUCACUGCCGGAGGCAUAGACGCAGCGGUGACGCGAAUAGGAGCUAUACCCAAGGAACUAGAGGCCGAGUUAGGAGACGACGGGGAGGAAGAUGCGGAGAGUUAGAUGUCCUUUCCGCGAGGUUUAGCCCCAUGUUUACCCAUAUAGCUUACAGUCAACCUAAGGUCUUAGCAUUUGCACGAAACAUAAACGCAUUCAUAGCGAAACCACAAGUUCGGUGAUC